AUGAGCUCGACUACUACUACUACAGUGACUACACAUGGCGAGACGACAGGCAUUCCCCCUUGCAACGAAAUCAUCCAGACGCUUGUCGAGGCCGGCCUCGGCCACCGACUCCUCUUGCCCACCAAUUCAGCCUACGAGUCUCGCAUUGAGAGUUGGUGGGCGCUGAACAGCCGGUUGCAUCCAUGGUGCAUCGUGCAGCCACACAAUGCAGAGGAAGUCUCCACGAUACUGAAAGCCCUGCUCAAGACCGGCAGCGACAGCAACAACAGCAACAAUGGCGAAUGGCACAUAGCGGUGCGGUCAGGCGGGCAUGGUCCACGCUACACAAACAAUAUCGACAACGGGGUGACCAUUGACCUAGCACACAUGAACCAGGCCAGCUACAACCGCGAGACCAACAUUGCCAGCAUCGGAGCUGGUGGUAGAUGGGCGACUGUGCUUGCCGAGCUGCAAAAGGAAGACGUGUUUGUACCCGGUGGGCGCGAUGGCAGCGUGGGCGUGGGCGGGUUCUUGCUCGGCGGCGGAUUGAAUUACUUCAUGGGUCGGCAGGGGCUAGGCUGCGACUCUAUCAAGAAUUUCGAAGUGGUGCUUGCCAGUGGCAAGAUUGUGAAUGCAAACGCACAAGAAAAUUCAGACCUGUGGAGGGCGCUCAGGGGCGGCGGGAGUAAUUUCGGGAUUGUCACUCGGUUUGAUAUGGACGCACUGCCGUCAAGAAAUAUAUCGUAUGGACUGAGGAUGAUGAGCUCGGAUUAUACCUCUGAAUUCGUCGAUGCGGUUGUUCACUUUACCGACCAUUUCCAUGAGCAUGACGGAGAUGCGUUGGUGCCGUGGGUGAUGCACACCAGCAGACUCGCCCAUGUUGGCGUUGUGGCGGCUGCGAUAUACGUUAAUACUGAGGGGGACGAGAACAGCACUGCUUUUGACAGGAUAAAGCAGAUUCCGAAUAUUCAUCCCGACAGGACUUUUACGGAUAGCUAUGCCGUGGCUGCCGAGAGAUCGCAGAUGGCCGGUGGCGCGUGGACUACAAACGCAACGUUGACAUUCAAAAACGACAAACAGAUCAUCACCCGGGUCGUCGACCUGCACAGCCAAUUCGUCCAGACGCUGAUGCACGCUCUGGGCGGCGAGAAUUUCGACUCCAUGUCAUUUCUGCAGCCCCUGCCGGGGUUUAUCGGCGAUAUUUCCAACAAAAAGGGAGGAAAUGUGCUGGGACUGGAAACCAGACACAACAUGAUCAUGUGGACCGGCGGAAUCUUGGUCAAAACUAACCAAAAUGACUAUGAUAUGGCGCAUGGCAAGUUGAUGGCUCUGAUGGCGGAUAUCAAGAGCUAUGCGGCGUCGGUGGAUGGUGAGGGACGACUGAAAUAUAUGAAUUAUGCAGACCCAUCGCAGGACUGUCUGGGCAGCUAUGGAGAGGAGAAUGUCGAGUUUAUCAGGCAGGUGGCUGCCAGGUAUGAUCCCACUGCGGUGUUUCAAAAGCUCGUCCCUGGGGGGUGGAAGAUCUCACGAGUGGGUGUGGAGUGA